AUGGCAUUUUAAAGAUGCUAUAUACAACAAAGUGCUUUCUUUUAAAUAAAGAAGUUUAAUUAAAGUAGUAUUGUAAUUGGCUAAAUUAUAUACCCUUAAACUCUACCGAUUUUUUGGAACUCUAAUGGAAUUUCGUCUGAAAAUAGUUUUUAGACUGUUUCAUAGGAAUUAGAGGUUAAUGGAGAUGAAAAUGAAAAUGAUGAAUUGGAAGAUAUUUUAACAAAUGGAAAUAACAGUUUUAUAGUGAAUACUCAAAAAAAUUCUUAUGUAAUUGAAGAUAAUUUAAUUACUAAAAUUUUACCUUAAACAAAUGUUUACUUAUUCUUAUAUAACCUUCAAUUUAAUGGUAAAUUUUAUGAUGAAAUAUAAGACAUUAGUGAGGAGGUUUAGAAAUAUGCAGAUUUUCCAAAAUUCAACUAUAACUUAUAAUAAAGAGAUUAAUAUAACAAAAUUAUGAGUUACAGAGAUCCAUUUUCUGAAAAUGAACAAAAAAUUGAAUAUGUUUAUUAGAUCAAAUUAAAAUAUGGAUAAUUUAUUUAAAAACUUUAUCAAUAAGAAAAUAAAACAAGUCUUUAUUUAACUUAUACUUCAAAUUUUGUUGUAAUAUCUUAAAUAAAUGAUGGAGACACAAUAUCAUUUAUUUUAUCAUUUGCUUUUAGUCUCUUGAUAUUUAGAAGAUCGAAAAAGAGAAAAGAAAUUAGAGCUCAAACUGAGGAUUUGAUAUAUAAAUAGGUUAUUUAAAUUUCUAGAUAGGAAUUUUAAAAGAAAUAUGAACUAAAUUAUAGAGAUUCUAUUGGAUGUGGUAGCUUUGGACAGGUCUAUAAAGUUAAAAAUAAAUAUAAACAAAUUAUAAAAAAUCCUGAUAUUUUACAAAACAUGCCAGAUUAUUACGCUUGCAAGCAAAUACAUAUAUCUUAAGAUGGAGAAAACUAGAGUUAAUAGAUUUUCCAUGAAAUCGAAGUGUUAGAAAAGCUAAAAAAAUAUGAAUAUGUAAUUAAAUUACAAAAUUAUAUUAUUGAAGAAAGGUCAGCAUAUCUUGUCUUAGAUCUAGCAGAGUCCACAUUAUAGGAUAAAAUAAAUGAAAAGUAGGCAAAUUCAGAAAAGUUUGAUGAGAGCGAAAUUGUGAAGUUUUUAUCCUAAAUAGGUAAAACUUUAGCAUUAAUAUACAUUGAAGAAGGGAUAGCUCAUAGAGAUAUUAAGCCUUCAAAUAUACUAAUUAAAGAUGACAAUUUUUACUUAUCUGAUUUCGGAUGUGCAGAAAUACUAUUUGAAUCGCAAGAAGCUAGAAACAAUUUAGUCAUGGGAACUUUAAAAUGGAUGUCACCUGAAUUAAAAGAAAUGAAGAAAAAUCAAGUAGUUGACUAUUUCAAAAGUGACAUAUUUAGUUUGGGAAUGUUAUUGCUUUAUAUGCUUACUCUUUCAGAUAUUUCUUCUGUAAACUCAGAUGAGUUUACUAAGAACCAAAAGAUAAGAAUCAUGAAAAAUUAUUGUAAAGGUAUUUCUAAUGAAAUAAUUUUACUUAUAAAAAGAAUGUUAGAAACAAACCCUGACAAUAGGCCUGAUGCAGCAAUAAUAAUUAAUGCAAUUUAAGAUAUAGAAAAUAACUUUAAAUAAAAAAAUUUAAGCAAAGAUUUAUGA